ACAGAACAGCGUAAACCAAGAAUGGCCGYGUUUCGGGCGAUUUUCCUCUMYUUUCUWGUAUUCYUCGUCUUAAAUUUACCUUCAGCUCAAAGUUCAGGCUUUCCUUGUUCAUCUUCGCAAUACACCUGUAAAAAUCAACGUUGUGUCCAGAAAAAAUGGCGAUGCGACGGCAUGGAUGAUUGUGGAGACAAUUCCGAUGAAGCAAAUUGUCCACCAAGAACRUGCAGUGCAAUAAAUAACUUCACCUGUAAUAAUGGAAGAUGCAUCCGAAGAAGUUGGGUGUGUGAUGGAGCAAACGACUGUGGAGAUAAAAGUGAUGAAAAAGGAUGCCCCACACCUACCCCACAAACAUGCCCUCCAAAUGAAUUCACAUGUAAAAAUGGACGAUGUAUACUCAGAGAUUUUCUUUGUGAUGAUGAAGAUGAUUGCGGWGAUGGCAGUGAUGAAGUAGACUGUGCGAGGACAUGUACUGCUAACGAAUUCAAAUGCGAUAAUGGCCGCUGCAUUUCAAAGGAUUUCCUCUGUGAUCAUGAAGAUGAUUGCAAUGAUAUGAGUGAUGAAAGAGGAUGUGCAAAUCGCACUUGUGGUCCUUCAGAGUUUACCUGUUCCCUGAGUGGUCGCUGUAUCCCUGCACGCUUUCAUUGUGAUGGAAAUGAAGACUGUCUUGACAGCUCCGAUGAACACAAUUGUCAAAAUGUUACCAAGCCAACGAGACCACCAGCUAUUUGUAGAAAAAAUGAACGAGUCUGUGAUGAUGGCACACAAUGCGUUCAUCGUGACUGGAUUUGUGAUGGUAGCAAAGACUGCCGAGAUGGAAGUGAUGAGAAGCAAUGUGGAAUCAUUGGAUGUACAGGUUUAGAAUUCACUUGCUCCAACCAAGUGUGCAUCCCCAAAGACCAACGCUGUGAUGGAAAAGAUAAUUGUGGGGACAAUAGUGAUGAAAGAUCUUGUCCUACCACAGCGCCAACUCUCAAAUCUCGACUGACUAUUCUUCAGCAAAAUGGAAAUAGAACUGCUCGCAAUGAUCCUACUCGACGUCCAGUGUGUCCUCAAGGGACAUUUCAAUGUGGCAGCAGUAAAACUUGUAUAUCUACAGACAAAGUUUGUGAUGGGAACCCUCAAUGCCCCCAUGGUGAAGAUGAAAGAAACUGCUUCAUUAACGAGUGCAAAUCCAAUAAUGGACAUUGCUUACACAUUUGUACUGAUACCAAGACAAGCUUUUACUGCUCCUGUAAACCUGGCUAUGAACUCAUGGAAGAUGGCAAAAGCUGCCGAGAUAUCAAUGAAUGUGAGAUUCCAGGAAUGUGCAGCCAGAAUUGUUUCGAUUUCAAGGGAGGGUUUAAAUGCUCGUGUCUUGAUGGUUACGUCUUGGAGCCUGAUAAGAGAAGAUGCAAAGCACAAGGACCACGCCCAUAUUUAUUAUUCACCAAUCGAAACAGUAUCCGCCUCAUAAUGACAGACGGCAAAGAGUACAAGUCAGCUCUAAAGAACCUUCACGACGCUMAGUCUCUGAACUUUGACUUUGAAGAARGCAUGUUGUACUGGACAGAUGGACAACAUGCGUCUAUCUUGAGGGCUAAAAUGGGGACAAUCCUCUCUUCUAAGAUUGAGAAUGUUGUUAGUGAGGGGAUCGUUGAUGCUACUGGUAUCGCCAUUGACUGGGUKGGCAAGAAGAUUUACUGGUCUGACUCUGGAAGUAACAGCAUAUUAGUAGCCGAGACUAAUGGCAAGAAUAAGAGGACUUUGAUCAGUAGUGGAUUGGACAAGCCUAGUUCUAUAGUGGUUGAUCCGUCAGAGGGGACAAUGUACUGGAUAGACUGGGGCUCACCGGCCAAGAUCGAACGCGCAAGCAUGGACGGUACCAAUCGCCGAGUCUUAAUCAGCGGAGACCAUAUUGAACGUCCAUCAGGACUGGCYAUAGACUACACCACGCGCAAACUCUACUGGGUCGACUCYAAACUCAAAACCAUCAAACACUGUAGCCUUAAYGGUACGGCUAUACGAGAGCUUGUCAAUCAUGGACUUAAAAGUCCGUCUGCAGUGACGGUAUUCGAGGAUAACAUAUAUUGGACGGAUUCUAGGAGUAUUUACAAAGCUAAUAAGUUCACUGGUCAGAAUAAGACGAUGCUAGUGCACAAUGCCGCAAACCCACAGGAUGCGCACAUUUACCAUCCACAAAGACAACCAUCUGGUUCAAACCCGUGUGGUAAGAACAAUGGAGGAUGUUCUCAUUUAUGUCUUCUUUCGARCCAUCAAAAGAAAUUCAGCUGCGCCUGUCCAGAUGGACUUUAUCUACAAAAGAACUUCAAAACUUGUGCUAAACAUAAGCCUAUCAGACCCAACACAACUCCUCAAGCUAAUACUGUCAGACCUAGUGCUGAUGUACUGGUAAACGCUGCUGGUAGUAAUAGCAAGGCAGAGUCUUCUUCGCCCAAUGCUGGACUCAUCAUAGGGAUUGUCGUGGGUGUAAUGUUGCUAGUUUUAGCUGUCGUUAUCAUAUUCUUCUUUGUCGUGCGAAAGAAACGUUCACAAAAACUUGAAAUCCUUUACAACGCCGAGAGCCAAAACGAUGUGGACAGAAUGACUAACGGAACGGCUGGACGGGUCAACAAAAAACCUGAUAUCAAAAACCGCAGUGAAUACAAACACUUUGCCAACAUCAACUAUGAACCAACCGAGCCUCAAACACCGCCUCCAGAGGACGACAUGGACGAGGUUAACAUCGAGGUGGAUGAGACGCAGCCGGUUAUAAGGAACAGCGUAGUAUGAUAAACAGGGAGACCAACCAUGGAAUUCUGUUAUACGGUCACGUGACAUGUGUCAYGGAAGGUACGAGUCCCAACUCUGAUCAAAUUGGACGAGCAUCUGAUUAUUGGAGAUUGGGGACAAACUAGAUAAUUUCUUUAAAUUUAGGGAAUAUUCUAAAUUAAAUUAGCUAUGAUAACACGGCUUGUUUGCGUGAGCCAUUAAAGAUGAAUUUGUUGCUUAUUUGGCAACCAUGAUUCCUAGCGGUAAACAGUAGACUCUUUACAUGUGACGCCACAGAUAGUUUUGAAAUGACGUCGUAUUCUUUACUUUGAUAUGACGUCAUGAAAUUUUGACGUCGGAUUAUUUUAAGGUUAUUUAAGAGUGUUUAGGGAUUUCAUUGUUUAACGUUAUUUUCUCACGACGUCACCGAUUGCGAUUUGUGGCGUUAAAGGCCGUUUAUAAGUGACGUCAUUGAGAUACAGCAAAAUUACCGUUAGAGGAAAAGUUUAGUUUGGGGAUUUUGUUUGUUUUGUUUUUCUAAUCAAACGAGAAGACGUGUUUCAAUGGCAUAGCUAAAAGAAUAUAAUAUAUAUAUAUGAAAUUGAAAAUAUCAAAGAUAUUUUGAGAUCAAAUUAGUGUUAUUUGAAAAUCUAAUCUUUAGAAUGUACAUAAACCGUCUAAAACUUUCCCCCUCGUAGGACAUUAUAUCUGGACCCCUAGCCUCAUAAUGUUAUUUAAAAUUGGUAGAGUUCAAUGACUUGCGGUAACAUCUGCAAGUAAGUGUUUUUCUAUUGGCUCAAAGGAGCCACUCAGAUGUCGUGUUACAAACGACAAAACAAUGACAUCACUCUGCAAUUUGAGGCUUAUUAUAGUUAGCCAUAUUUAGAAGUGUUUAAUUGCUAAUGUUGCAAGCAAUUUUUGUUGCCCACAAUGAGUAAAUAUUAUKGAAUGAACCGUUUGGCGAUUUCGUAAACCCGUGAACCAACCCAUAUUUAUGUGUAAUAGUUUAAUACGAAAAUAACAAAAAGGGGAUUGUGCGUCAUCACGUGAUAGCGUCCAUGUUGAACGAAAGAGCUAAACUGAGCAUCGCUAUCUGAAUGUUCUUAUUUUAUUAUCMAAAAUGCAAGCAGUUGCGCCUCUGAGAAGAACGAAAACUUUGUUUUUAUUAUCAUAAAGGACAUAAUAGGACCAAAUCUCAAUUUCCCAGCAUGCUUUGWGUUUCCCAUCAUGCUUUGUGUUUCCCAGCAUGCUUUAUGUUUCCCCAAAAAUGUCAUUCAAUAUUUCUACCAAAGUUAAAUCCAUCUAACAUUGMCUCUAUCACGUGAUAAUGUAAAACCUCCAAAUUUCGUGGGUCGUUURAGUCCCCAUAUAAUGUUGAAGAAUUAUACAUAGUAUAUAUAGCUUGAGCCAGUUGUCGCAUAUUUGUUAUAAGGCUCCGUGAUUUAUAAAACGAAUUUUUUUGUAUAUUUGAAUCAGUUAUAAAGCAUGCUGAUUCGUUGGCAAUUGUUGAGUUCUAAUACUAAUUAAUGUAAAGAUGUACAUAUAUAUAAGUACGGUAAAGCAAUCAUAUUUAAGUUUCAGCGGGCUGAGGCUUUCGCUAUUCGUGCAUUUUUUGCUGCUACUGGGAUACAAGCAUUUAGAGUGUGUAAUAGAAUAGAUUACAGAUAUUUUAAACUAAGGCCUACUACGGAACCAAAAGCUACCGAGCAAAUUUAUCCGAUUUAAAGCUAUUUACCRAGGUAUAGAGUAGGUCGGAACAAAUUAAAAGCUAAAAUCGUCUCCAUUUUACAACUUUUCAUAGGGGUAGGGGRUACUAGUAUUGUCACACACUAAGUGUUUGUCUGCAAAGAUUAAUAACUAAUAGCUAAUACGCACUAAUGCUAAUGAGUACACAAUGUGUAGUUAAGGUAGUGUCAUAUGACGCCAUGUAAAUAAUAUUGCACUUGAUAGCUUUAAAAAAACAACUGUUUAAGACUUCGGCAAUUCCUAACUAUUUGUCGUGGGUUUUUGCCGAUAAAAAGAAUUCCUAUAAGUUAUUUAGCUAGAGUGCAAACGCUAAAAGCGUGAAAAUUGAAGCCAUUCAACCCGUGAAACAAAAUUUGACUAUUUAUAGUGUGAUAGUCAAAUAGACAAAAGAAAAAAUUAGAGCGUAGAGUACAAGCACUAAAAGCUACAAAAUAGUGCUAAUUAAACAAUAGAAAACAAUAGAAUUAGCAUAAUUAAGCAGGAUUCAAGUGGUAACUAAUAUCUAUUUCACGGGUUUUUUGACUUCACUCGAAACAGAUCGAUUGCGCUAAAGAGUGUUGAUGAGACCACAGUUCUAAUUAACUAUAUAUAUAUUUAAUUAACUUUUACAUGCUUUUACUGUUUGCACUCUAUUAUUAUUUCUAUAUUAUUACUAUAGAUAGGUUAUUUAGCUCGACGUUGAAAUUGCAUAUUUGUGUUCAGGUAUUAUAUUGUGGGCAACGUUUGCUAGUAUGAUGUAAAUAGUUAUUAUAAUUAARCUAGCUUUGAAAAAUUCCCAGUAUUUAUUUGGUUUUGUAGUAAAAUAAUAUGCUUUGUAAGAAAAUAAAAGACAUUUAGAUUCAGUUAAA